AUGGAAGUUUCAUUUCCCCAUUCACCAUUAGCAAAAGAUGAAAAUAUCCACUUAAUCAAGCAUCCAAUUAAUAUUAAAAAAAAAAAUAAAAAUAAUAAAAUUUUAUUUUAUUUAAAAUAUGAAUCAAAAUUUAAUUCUCUUUUACAAAAUGGAACAGACAUAAAACGAAUUCCCAAUUCAAAAAUAGAAGAGAAUAUUAAAGUAUACAAUAAUAAUGAUCAUGCUAAUUAUGAAGAAAAGACACACCCGUAUCAUGGAAACUCACUUUAUCACAAUUCUUCAGGAAAUUAUAAUAAAAACAUUAAUACACAAAAUUUAAAAAACAUGUCUAUUAAACCAGAAAUAUUGUCUUGUAACUAUAUCAUGAAAUCACCUCCAGGAAAAAAAAAACAACCAAGAACAGAUAAAUCGAUCAUUUUAAAUAAAAUCAUAAAAAACAAUAAGUAUGAAAUAAAUAAAUUCAAGAGUUCUUAUCUAUCUCCUAUAAAUUGUAAUAGCAAUUGUUUUUUGGAAAAUAAAAAACAAUACAUGCAUUCUUCUGAAAAUAUCUCUUCAAAUAUAAACGGUAUAAAUUUGAAUAGCAAAAAUAAUUGCAUUGUUAUGAAAUCUAAUAUAUUUGAAAACGAAUUAAAACAAAGAUAUUUUUGUUCGGAUAAAGAUCCAACACAUUUGUCUAUCCCAAAAGACGAACCCAAUUUGAUAAAAAUCUGCCGCGAUAUUAAAAAUAAUAAAAAUUUUAUAGAGGAAUCCAAUUCAAUUUCUAAAAAUUUAUUACAAAUAUAUAAACAUCGAUAUCUUCAAAAUAUUUCUAAAAGUAGUAUAAUAAAACCAUCUUACAAAUAUAGUGAACAAUCAAGUAUAGACAAAUCUGACCUUAACCUAUCUAUUGUUAAUUCAAAGAAUGUAAACAAAAUUAUCAAUAAAGAAUAUUAUACAAGUGAGCAUAAAAAAAAAUUGCCUUUUCAAAAUGCUAACCAAAAUAGCAUAAAAAACGCUAGCAAUGCACAUAUAAUUCAAAAAGAUGCAAACUCAUUUAUUAAUAGUUAUAAUAUAAACAAAAAGGAUGCUAAAUUAGUACCAAAUAAUUCUGAAAAAAACGAUAAUGAAUACCCCAAAAUAAAUACAUUUUCACUUUACCCAAGUUUUAAUACAAAAAUUAAAAAAAUUGAAAAAAAAAAAAAAAAAAUACGUAAUAAGCCUAUAGAAAAAUCAAACAGUGUUGAAAUAUCAAAUUCAUAUUUUGAAACAGACACCCAUAAAAAGGAUCAUGAAGAUGCUAUAAAUACAUUAAAAAAAAUACAUCAAGAAAAACAAAAUGAUAUAAAAAGUAUUUUAAUUGAAGAAUUAAAAAAUGAUAUAUAUACCACUAUCUUCGAAAGAAAGCAAGAUUCAACAAAAUCAGAAAAUACAAAUAACGAAAAAAACAACCUAAAAAAUAUAUCCCAUUUUAAUAUUAACAAAAAACCAAUAGAAGAUCAAAAUAAUAAUAAUGUAUUAACCCCAGACAAUUUAAAAUUAAAACCCAUAAGCAACGACCUAAGUGAAAUAAUCGAUUUAGAAAAAAAAGAAGCAAAAAUUGAGAAUAAAAAUUGUAGUAACAUAAAUAAAAAUAACCCCCAAAUCAAUAAUAUAACGGAUGCGUUAAAUGUAAUACCUAAAUUAAAUAUAAAUCCUAAUAAUUUCCAAAAUGAUAUUAUAGAAGAAAAGGAGAUGCAAGAAGGCAUACUAAAAAAAGUAAACAAAAAUGAAGACAUUUCAAAAAAUGAGAAAAAUAAUAGUCCUUAUGAAGCUUUUCAUAAUAAAAAGGAAGAAAAGGAAAUCAUUUUAAAUAAUAAUAAAAAGAAUAUUGCGAAAAAUAAAUCAAAAAUAACAAUUAAAAAACUUGACAAACUAAAUUCAAAAGAAUAUAUUUCAAUAAGAAUAGAAAACAAUAAAUUAUGUAGAAAAAAUCAUACAGAGAAAAGGAAUAUAGCUCUAAAUAAAAAUGAAAAAGGUAUAAUAUCAAAUCACAUUAUACAUUUUCAGAGCAAUGAAAAUAUUGCUAAAUCUUAUUCAAGUUAUAGUACAUUAAUUAAACAAACAAAUUUUAAAACAGAUAAAUGCAAUUAUAAUAGUGAACCAUAUUCAACUGACCUGAACAAUUGCACCAAUAAUGCCAAAAAUGAAAUAAAUAAAACCGUAAUAAAAUUAUUUUUCCCUGUCUUUUUUUUCGUCCACAAAAAUGAAAUACAUGUAAAUGAAAGCAUUUCAAUAUACACGAAUAUAGCUGAUAAUAUAAACCAAACUAUAUCCAAUAUUUUAAAAUAUCAAAAAUUAUCUUUUUUAUUUCACAUCUUUCUUUACACUUUAAAUAUUUUUUCAUUUUAUAAAUUGUUAAAAAAUACAACAUUGUUUGAAAACAAUAAUAAUAUUGCAAAAACAACAAUAUGUGUUAUGUAUCUUAUUAUUGUAGAGUUGUAUAUAUUCCUUUUAAAUAAUAUUUAUUAUUUUAUCAUUAAACGUCAUAUACGAGAAAUGAUUUUUUCUCUUGAUAAAGCCAAUUUAGUUUAUGCCUUAGAUAAGGCAUUUCCCCAAUAUAGUUCCAUUUUUAAACAAAUAUUUUUGUCUGCAAACAAAAAUACAUAUAAUUUAUUUUUUCAAGAAAUACAAAAAUAUGAAAAUAGUCAAGAACAAAUUAGCAUUAUACAAUAUAUAAAAAACAUACAAAAUAAUAACUACAAAGUUAAGAAUAAACAAAAGGUGAAUUCUAAAGAUAAUGAAGAAUAUAAUCAAAAUGAUAGCGAUAUCUUCAAUAUAAAUGAAUUAUAUAACAACUCCAAUAAUACUAAACCACCUUUGCAUUAUAUAUGCAAUGUUUCAAAUGUUAUGAAUAAAAAAGAGGUAGACGAAAGGGAUCUAACAAAUAUGUUAACCCGAAAUCAAGAUAAUGAUAAAGUAGGUAAUAAUACUCUCUAUUUUAAUAUAUCAUCCCCAUACAGAAAAAAGGAAACGAUGGAUAUUCGCAAUGCGCAUUCAAAUAGAAAAGAUACAAGCGCAAAUGUGUAUAUAUAUAACAGUAUCGAUAAAAAUAUAAAUGAUAAUUUUUCACAAUUUAAUGAUAUAGCUAGACAUGAGUUAAUGAAACAAAACAAUAAUAUUGAACAAAUUUAUUUCAAUACAAAACUUGAAAAGAAAAAUUCAACCAACGAAAAUAUAAAGGAUCUUAUAUUUUUAAUAUUAAAAAAACAAAAAAAACAAAACCUGAAUAUAUUUUUAUCCCUAAAAUUAAGGAAAUACAAUAAUUUUUUAAUUAUCACUAUUAUGUCUUUAUUAAUCUAUAGUAUAUAUUUUUUUCAAAAUGGAGACCCUUUUAAUUUUCCUAUACAAUCAAAUACACCCUUUUUCCUUCUCUUAUCAUUUAUUAUACUUUUUCAACUUAUCUUAUGCAUAAUCCUAGAAAUUAAAACAAUUUUUAUUAAAAAAAUUAACAAAUUUUUAAAUAACCGAAUUAAAAAUUUAGAUUAUGAAAUGAAUACCUAUUUUUCUUGUCUACAUUAG